AUGGACAACAUUCUCCGCUCCUCCUCCAACGUCAAAUCCGCCGCCGUGCCUCUUCCAAUCGACACCGUCUUCAAACUCCCUUCCCCACCGCCUACUUGGCCACCGGGCGGCGGCUUCGCAACGGGAGAGAUGGAUCUCGGCGGCCUCCAAGUCCGCCAAGUCACAACGUUUCAAAAAAUCUCGACAACUUACAAAGGAGGCCCCGCCGAUUUAGGCGCCACCUUUCUAGAACCUUCCCCAAUACCGGAUGGAUUCACCAUGCUCGGCAGCUACGCUCAGCCCAACAACCAACCGCUUUUCGGUUGGGUUUUGGUCGCUAAAACGAACGCAGUCGACACAUUAGGUCAAAUUCUGAAGCAGCCAACUGACUACACUCUCAUCUCGACAAACGAUGAUGCCCACUUCUGGCUCCCGACUCCGCCCGACGGCUUCAGAGCCAUCGGGCUAGUCGUCACCGCCUCGCCGGAGAAGCCGGCCCUGGACAAGAUCUGCUGCGUCCGGGCCGACUUCACCGACGAGGCAGAGACCAAGAGCCAGAUUUGGGGAAACGUGUAUGUAGUAAGAGGGAGCAAUGCCAAAUCAGUAAGCGUGGGUACAUUUACAAUCCAAGGAAAUGACAAUAAUACCCUUACUCCAUUAUCUUGUUUGAUUAACAAGGACUCAGCUUUAUCCGCCAUGCCUAAUCAAGCCCAAAUUGAAGCUGUGUUUGCAUCGUAUGCUCCGUUUAUGUACUUCCACCCUCGUGAAAAAUACCUCCCUUCCUCUGUGAAUUGGUAUUUCAGCAACGGUGCCUUGCUGUUCAAGAAAGGGGAGGAGUCGAAUCCGGUUGCGGUCCUACCGGAAGGUUCGAACCUCCCACAAGGCGGUACGAAUGACGGGUUGUACUGGCUCGACCUCCCGGCAGAGCCAGACGGCACUAGGGUUAAAAUGGGGGAUUUGCCGAGCGCGAUGGCUUAUCUUCACUUCAAACCAGUUCUUGGCGGGUCAGCGACGGAUAUCCAGGUGUGGGUGUUCUACCCGUUCAACGGCCCGGCAGCUGCGAAGGUGGGGCCAUUCAAAAGAGUCGAAUUGGGGAAAAUCGGCGAGCACGUGGGGGACUGGGAGCACGUGACACUGAGAAUCAGCAAUCUCGACGGGAUUCUGCGGAGAGUUUACUUCGCGGAGCACGGCGGCGGGCAGUGGGUGGAUUCGUCGGAACUCGAAUUCAGUGGCGGCGGCAACAGAUUUUCAGUGUAUUCGUCGCGGAAUGGGCACGCGGCGUAUCGUAAGGCGGGGUUGGUUGUGCAGGGAGGGGAUUUUGUGGGGUUAAGGAACGAUGCGGCGAAGAGCGCGGUGGUGAUGGACACGGGGGCGAGGUUCGCGGUGGUGGCCGGGGAGGGGGUGGUGGAGCCGCCGUGGCUGAAUUACUACCGGAAAUGGGGGCCCACGAGGAGUUAUGAUACCGUGGAGGAGUUGAAGAAUGCUGGGAAAUUCCUGCCGGGGUUUUUGAAGAAGCAGUUGGCGAAGUUGGUUAAUGGGCUGCCGCCGGAAGUAUUUGGGGAGGAUGGGCCCAUUGGGCCUAAGAUGAAGAACAAUUGGGAUGGGGAUGAGAAAUGA